CGAGUGCAUCUAGUGAAGUCGCUUGGGUAUUUAAAGGCACGUUCUGUGUAGGGAGCUUAGUCGUUAACGCCUGCUCUAUAGCGGAUAACUCAAGAUGGACGGUGAAACACAGAGCCUCGAAUCCAUCAUCAACACGAACCUCGGGGGAAAAGACCUUGAGGAGUUCAACAGAAUCUAUUACGGAAGAAAAAAUCAUCAUGAGGUAGACCUAAAGGAGUCCUCGAUCGCCGCCGCCAAGGACAACGAUUUCGAAAUCGCUGCUUACGCCUUCCCCGCGAAAAAGGAAUCCACACGACCACCGAGGAUCGUGAAGGUGGCCGUCAUUCAGCACUCCAUCGCCGUGCCGACCGACCGGCCCGUCAACGAACAGAAAAAUGCCAUACUCGCCAAGGUGAAGAAGAUCAUAGACGUGGCCGGUCAGGAGGGUGUCAACAUCUUGUGCUUUCAAGAACUAUGGAACAUGCCCUUCGCUUUCUGCACCAGGGAGAAGCAGCCGUGGUGCGAGUUCGCGGAGUCCGCGGAGGACGGGCCCACCACACGCUUCCUGCGCGAGCUCUGCAUCAAGUACGCGAUGGUCAUCGUAUCAUCCAUACUGGAACGUGAUGAGAAGCACGCCGACAUCAUAUGGAACACGGCGGUCGUGAUCAGCGACACCGGCAGUGUGAUCGGAAAACACAGGAAGAAUCACAUCCCCAGGGUAGGCGACUUCAACGAGUCCAACUAUUACAUGGAGGGUAACACCGGCCACCCGGUGUUUGCGACGCGGUACGGUAAAAUAGGCAUCAACAUCUGCUUUGGACGUCACCACGUCCUGAACUGGAUGAUGUUCGGGCAGAACGGAGCGGAAAUAGUGUUCAACCCAUCAGCCACGAUCGCCGCUGAGGCCGGCAGCGAGUACAUGUGGAACAUCGAGGCGAGGAACGCCGCUAUAACCAACUGCUACUUCACGGCUGCGAUUAACAGGGUCGGAUACGAGGAGUUCCCGAAUGAGUUCACCUCCGCUGAUGGUAAACCGGCCCACAAGGAUUUGGGUUUGUUCUACGGGUCCAGCUACUUCUGUGGUCCGGACGGCGUCAGGUGCCCUGGACUGUCGCGUAAUAGAGACGGGCUCCUGAUAGCGGUCGUGGACCUCAAUAUGAACAGGCAGAUCCGAGAUCGGCGCUGUUACUACAUGACACAACGCCUGGACAUGUACGUGGAGAGCCUCAAGAGAGUGCUGGACCUGGACUUCAAGCCACAGGUCGUCAAUGAAACAGAAAAAUGAAAAAUAUAUUCAAUAAAAUAACAUACAAACUUUGUAUUCUUGUUAGAUGUGUAUGUUUCCUUCGAAUGAAAUAAAAUUUAUGAAAAAUAACAAA